UACAAAUAGGAGGGUACUAGUAACAUCUAUCUGUCUUCAGAGUUCCCUUGCACUUUCUUUGCACUCUUCUUCAGUCUGUAGUCUCUACAAGCCUGGCCGGUGCAAUUCUACUAAGCUACACAAGACGACGUCGCUCAGAAUUUCUAAUGGGGUUGAAGUCAUUCGUGGAAGUCCCAGCGGGCUCUCACUUCCCACUGGAGAACCUUCCUUAUGGCGUUUUCAAGCCUGAACCCAAUUCCCCGCCCCGACCAGCCGUUGCUGUUGGCAACCACGUCUUAGACCUUUCCGUGAUCGCUUCCGCCGGCCUUUUUGACGAACCCAUUCUCAAAAACUCCGAUUGCUUCAACCAGCCUAAUCUGAAUAAAUUUCUGGAGUUGGGGCGACCUGCAUGGAAAGAAGCUCGUGCUACGCUCCAGAAGCUAUUGUCAGCUACUGAACCGACCUUGCGUGACAGUGCUAGUCUGAGGUCGAAGGCUCUGGUGCCAAUGGACAAGGCACAGAUGCUUCUUCCCAUUGCAGUUGGAGACUAUUCAGACUUUUUCUCGUCCAUGCAUCAUGCUAAAAAUUGUGGGACUAUAUUUAGGGGCCCAGAGAACGCAAUCAAUCCCAACUGGUUCCAACUUCCAAUUGCAUAUCAUGGCAGAGCAUCUUCCAUCGUCAUCUCCGGCACAGAUAUUAUUAGGCCAAGAGGACAAGCUCAUCCUACUGGCAAUUCACCACCGUAUUUUGGACCCUCGCGAAGGUUGGACUUUGAGCUGGAAAUGGCUGCUGUAGUUGGCCCCGGGAAUGAAUUAGGAAAACCUAUCGAUGUUAAUGAUGCUGCUGGUCAUAUCUUUGGACUUGUUUUGAUGAAUGAUUGGAGUGCAAGAGAUAUUCAGGCAUGGGAAUAUGUUCCUCUUGGUCCUUUUCUUGGAAAAAGUUUUGGUACGACAGUAUCCCCUUGGAUUGUGACCUUGGAUGCUCUAGAACCCUUUUCUUGUGAUGCUCCGAUACAGAAUCCUCCUCCUUUGCCAUAUCUUGCUGAGAAGACCUCCAAAAAUUAUGACAUUUCUUUGGAGGUACUCAUUAAACCUGCUGGACAAGAAGAUUCCUUUGUCAUCACAAGGAGUAAUUUCAAGCACUUAUACUGGACAAUUACCCAACAACUUGCACACCAUACUAUAAAUGGUUGCAAUCUAAGGUCUGGUGAUCUCCUUGGAACUGGCACAAUUAGCGGACCAGAACCAGAAUCUUUCGGAUGCUUGCUGGAAUUAACCUGGAAUGGGCAAAAUCCAGUGUCUUUAGGCGCAACAACCCGUAGAUUUCUAGAAGAUGGAGAUGAAGUGGUUUUUAAUGGUUUUUGCAAGGGUGACGGAUAUAAUGUUGGUUUCGGGACGUGCUCUGGAAAGAUUCUUCCGGCAUCGACUUGACCGCAUCCACAUCCAUACUUGCACAGAUUUAAUGAACUCUCAGCAUUCUUUGACCUCCCUGCUUUUGCAUGCUUCGUGGGAGGAUGGAUGAGGCGGUCGUUUAGCUGUAAAAUUAUUCACUCUUUGUGUUUGGAUUGCAUUUUUCAUGGAAAAAUUACUGUAGCGAUUUGAUGUAUGCGAGGGAAAAAGGUAAUAUGAAAAUGUAAUUACGGAAAACGACUAAUUUUCCGACGAAAAAUCACAAUCCAAACAAGGCAAAAUUGUGAUUGCUAAUAAAGUACCUAAUUUUAUGUGA